CAACCAUUUUGUAUCCCGAUUCCAAAAUUUGAUUUUGAUUAAGAUAUCAACAAAUCCACCAUAAAUUUGCUUCACUGCUGAGUCCUCGUGCAAGCCACCUCUCUCUCUCUCUCGCCUCUGCAUUUAUUUUCUCUCUAUCUCUCACUACUCUUUCGCACACAAGCGUGUGUUCCUCCAUGUGUGUAUCAGCUGCGUCUAUGUGUUCGUCUGUCACAAUUGUAUAGCGGAUGUUCAGGUUGAUAUGUCCUGAAUCUUAAACAAAGAUCCGAAUCUCGAGUAUUUUCGCAAUUUUCCGAACCGAAUCCAAGGAAUAUUCGUUUGUUGAUGCUCAUCUAAAUCUCGCUGCUUCCGGUUCCGGCUGCCGACGAAUUCCUCCGGUGUCUUGUUCUUCAUUAUUGCCGCCUGGAACUCUCAGAUUUGAUUGAAGCAUUUUUUGAAGAUCUCCAACUUGGCUGUUACAUCAAGGAUAUGGAGGUGCAUUGAAUAUCCUUUUUCCCAAUAAAGUAAAAGGACAACAAAAGAAUGUAUGUAUAUAAAUACAUGUAUGUUUACUUGGGCAUAUUCAUUUAUAUAGUUGGUGGUGAAACUGAGAAUUUGUAGGGAUUGGGCAUCGGGGUCUGUUGCUAGUUUGAUUCUGCUUCAAAUUGAGAAGAAGUCUGUAGGGAGUCUUUCAGGGUCACUGUUGUGAUACAUUUGUGAAGAUUUUCCAGAAACAGAUAUGGUUGCAUUCGGGAAAAAGUUGAAGGAGAGGCAAAUUCAAGAAUGGGAAGGAUAUUACAUCAACUACAAAUUAAUGAAGAAAAAGGUAAAGCAGUACACAAAUCAAAUUGAAGCUGGAGCACUGGAACGGCGACAUGUUCUCAAGGAUUUCUCCAGAAUGUUGGAUAAUCAGAUAGAAAAAAUUGUUCUUUUUAUGCUGGAACAACAAGGCCUACUCGCAAGCAGGAUUGCCCAACUGAAUGAACAACAAGAGACUCUUCAAGAACAACCUGACAUAUCGAAAAUAUCUGAGCUACGCGAAGCUUACAGGGCAGUUGGGCAGGACCUUUUAAAGCUUCUCUUUUUUGUUGAAAUGAAUGCCAUUGGUCUGAGGAAGAUCCUUAAGAAGUUUGAUAAGCGUUUUGGGUACAAAUUCACAGAUUACUAUGUCAAAACUCGCGCUAAUCAUCCUUACUCCCAGCUUCAGCAAGUAUUCAAGCAUGUGGGUUUGGGUGCUGUUGUUGGAGCUAUAUCUCGUAAUCUUGCUGAUCUUCAGGACCGCCAGGGGAGCUACUUAUCAAUCUAUGAUCAGCCUGCACUCCCACUCCAGGAGCCUGUUGUUGACUCACUUAAAUCAGCUGUUGAUAGAUUAACCCAUUCAACAAAUUUCCUUGAGUUUUUGGGCCAACAUGCACUUAUCAUGCAUGAUGAGUUACCGUCUGCGGUAGAUGAACAUAUUGAAGAUCAGAGAUACCAUUUCAUGUCUCUUCUUCUGAACUUGGCAAACACCUUUCUUUAUAUGGUCAACACAUAUAUUAUUGUUCCCACAGCAGAUGACUACUCUACGAGCCUUGGUGCAGCUCCAACAGUCUGUGGUAUCGUAAUUGGGGCAAUGGCAGUUGCACAGAUAUUUUCUUCUGUGUAUUUCAGUGCUUGGUCUAACAAGUCAUACUUCAGACCGUUGGUCUUUAGCAGCAUAGUUCUCCUCAUUGGAAACGCUAUGUAUGCAUUGGCUUAUGAUGCCAAUUCAUUGACGAUACUUUUGCUUGGUCGUGUAUUUUGCGGUUUGGGUUCUGCAAGAGCUGUUAAUCGGCGUUACAUUAGUGACUGUGUGCCACUUAAAAUCCGGAUGCAGGCUUCUGCAGGUUUUGUUAGUGCCAGUGCUUUGGGAAUGGCAUGUGGCCCUGCAUUUGCAGGGCUACUUCAAACUAAUUUCAAGAUCUUCAAUAUCACAUUUAAUCAAGUCACUCUACCUGGUUGGGUAAUGACUAUCGCGUGGCUGUGCUAUUUAGUAUGGUUGUCGAUCUCAUUCAGAGAACCUGCUCGUGAGACUGAAGAUGAUGCCCCAGAGCAAUCUAGUGCUGCACAAAAUGAUAAGCUAGAGAAGGGACUUGCACAACCAUUACUUACGUCAGCAGAACAUGAACAAGAUGACGGGGAUCAAGAAUGUGAUGCGAGUGAAGAGGCUCCAGAAGAAUCUCGUCGACCAGCCAACUCACUAGGAGCAGCCUAUAGGUUACUCACACCAUCUGUAAAGGUUCAAUUGUUGAUAUACUUCAUGCUCAAAUAUGCAAUGGAGAUCCUACUUUCAGAAUCUAGUGUAAUCUCAUCGUACUACUUUGGUUGGACUACUGGCACAGUGUCUAUCUUUCUUGCCUGCCUUGGUCUUACAGUUCUUCCAAUAAACAUUGUUGUUGGAAAUUACAUAAGCAAUAUGUACGAGGACAGGCAAAUAUUACUGACAUCUGAAAUUGUGGUCUUCCUGGGUAUACUUUUUAGUUUCCAGUUUAUCGUCCCAUAUUCAGUGCCACAAUAUGUCUGUUCAGGGCUCAUCAUGUUUGUAGCUGCUGAAGUAUUGGAAGGUGUCAAUUUGUCGCUACUCUCCAGAGUAAUGUCGUCCAGGCUUUCUCGUGGGACAUACAAUGGUGGCCUUCUAUCGACAGAAGCUGGGACGCUUGCUCGAGUGAUUGCAGAUGCAACAAUCACCAUAGGUGGUUAUUUCGGGCAGAGUAACCUUUUAAAUCUCACCCUCAUUCCCUCUCUGGUGAUUUGCAUAGGUUCCAUUGUAGCCACAUGUUGUACCUACAAUUCUCUUUACUAAGCUUAUUUUGUGUAUCGUGACCACGCCUUACUAGUUCAUUCAUAUUCUUUAUUGGUUAUGGUAUAAAUCCAAAAUUUUGGAUAUUUGAUUGCUUGAGUGAAUGCUGUAAAUUAUGAGAGAAAUGCUUCAUUUUCCUUGCAAUGUGAAUAUCUUAUCUCAUCUA